CACGUGGUUGAGAAUAGUGUCACUUGUGUUUGGAGCAGCGACGGAGUCCAGUUCUUCUUUUCAACAUUCCAAUUCGCAGCCAUGUCAGCGUGGACAAAGGACUAUUUUUGGGGGUGCCAGCUGACUGAGGCAAACAAGUCGGUGCACUGGGAUGAGGAGAAUUUACCAGAGGACGAGGAGACGAAUGGGAAAGAUUCGAAAGAGGACGAGGAAGAUGAUGAAGACUUCUUGAAACAUUCACUGUUCGCAAAGCAGGUUGUGCUAGGAGUUGGAGCCGUCGCGGCUCAGCGCAAUGUGAUCGCCGUGGAAACCAAAGAUUUUCAUGGCAAGAAGAUCACGCAGAUCAUUGCCAGCCUGACGCUUGGGCAGUGUGACCAAUGUACAAUCGACGUGGGAUUCCAUGCACCGACGACUUUCAAGCUGGUUGAAGGAAAUGGUCCAGUUCACAUCUCCGGUGCUCACAUAGUCGAGGUUCCGUACGAGGACCGCAUGGACGAUUCAAUGAUGGACGAGUUUGUUAUGGAAGAGGAAGCGGAGUCGCCCAGUAAAUACAAGCUGAGCAAGAAGCGAAAAGCUGCCAAGACGCCACCGGGGAGCAAGAGGAAGGUUGUCAAACUGGAAGGAGGAGAUAAUCAGGUGACGGUCGAAAACGAGGAUGAAGAGAAUGGGGAGGAAGAUGAUGAUGAUGAGGAUGAGGAUGAAGAGAUGGAGGAUGGUGAUGAAGAUGAGUCGGCCACAGCUGAGGAUGAGGAAGAGGAGGAAGAGUCAGAGGAAGAGGAAGUGAAACCCAUCGUGAAAAAAGGAAAAGGAAGACCAAAGGCUGCUACUAAGGUUGAAACAGUUGGAGCGAAGAAAGAGAAAGAGGCAAAGAAUGGUGUCCAAGCAGGAAAGAAGGUAACAAAGAAAGCAAAGAAAGUAAAAUAAUCCACUAUGACUGUUUUGUCCUGUAAUCACUUUUGUUACAUUCCAUUCUUAAUCAGUGCAUUAAUUGACUACAUCGUAAUUGUGAUUUCAAAAUAUUAUUUCCUGUUUUUACUAAAAGAUCUGUUUCCUUUUUCUAACAAAUAUGAAUACAUGGUGCAUAUGUAUAUCAUAGGCAUGUGGUAAAAUGGUAAAAAAUAAAUGUAUUUUGUAUAAAAUGUU